CAACUCACUUCGCGACGAAGACAAGGUCCAGAGAUCUUGGGGUCUGCGUGAAUGCCGACUUUCUUUCAAUGGCGAGAUUAAAGAUUGUGAAUUCCUACAUUUCCAUGUUGACUACGCUAGUCAGGAUAGAUUUCCUGGGAUUCGGUAUCCUUCCCUUCAAGUGUAGAUGUUGUAGAUCUAGCUUUACACGGUAGCUUAACUUUCUAAAGAACCAAUCGGGGUCACCUGGACCUCUCCACUUAUAAGUACUUCUGCAAUUCCUUUUCUGAAAAGGUGGAACCUCUGUUUCUAUCAUCAAGACCGACUGACAUAUUUUUCCUUCCUGAAAAAUGGACGUUGACGAGAAUCAGAGUCUGGAGGACGGCCUCAGGUCGAUCCUCUCUGGUUUGGAUGCGGACCACAAGCGGGCCUUCUGUUUCCCCGCAGAGGGGAAGAAGAAGAAGAGGAAAACACGAGAAGCUGAGAAGACGGUGGAUGACCAGAAGGUCAAGGACGUGAGCGAGAAGAAGGACGUAAGCGUGAAGGAGAAGGACGUAGACUCUGCAUCGACGAAGAAAGCGACCAAGGCAAAGGUGGUGAAGGAGAAGUACGUAGAAUCCGCAUCGACGAAGAAAGCGACCAAGGCAAAGAAAGUGGUAAAAAAGGGAGCUGAUAAAGAUGCCAAGCAGACGCACGAGAAAAGCAAGGCCGUUGUGACGACGAAAAACAGCACUAGGAAGAACUGUGGCGGGCUCUCCCACAAUGACGCCACACCUUCUCCAUCUGCAGUACAGGAGGAGCCGCCGAAGUCGGUUUCAGCCCUUUUAGCCCGACUCAAAGCAGGCAUGCAAAAUGGAGGUGCUGGUAGUUCAAAUGCGAAGACAACAAAUAACAGCAUAGGAUCGAACAAUGCAGCAACGACUAGCAACAGCACAGCGAACUCCACUAAGAUGCUCGGAGGAAAAUUGCAAGCUGCACGAUUUUAUGGGUUUCUACAUUAUUCGCAGUAAAGACUGUUGCUGCUAGAGAUGCUGGUGGCAGCGUGAAUGAAUGAAUGAAAAUAAGCACGUAAGUUCAAUACAUCCUUGACCUUUUGAUCUUAAGCAGAGACUGAGUCACAAGGUGGAUGAUCUGGCGAAUGUAAAGGCGCAACUGAAGAGAUGGACACCUCUGCUCGGUAUCUCUCUUUUGUUGGAAAAACUCUAACGAUUUCGGGAAUUAAACGAGGAGCUGUACAAGAGUAGCGGUGGGACGGCUUUAAGGUGGUGGAAAAAGCAGCCUCAUCUGUUUGACCAGUACCAUGCGGGAUUCGCGCGACAAGUGGAAAAAUGGCCUUGCAAUCCACUGGAUCGGAUCAUCAAGUUUUUGGAGGCAGAGGUCAUCCCAGAAGCAACGAGCGUCCAGUCCCAGGAGAAGGUUUUGCACAUCGCAGAUUUAGUUAUGCGACCUCAUGGUAGCUUCCGGUAGUCUGCACCUAAUGAAAUGAAGCACUUCUAGGUCUAAGUCUAAUGCAAAUCUACCCUUCUACCUCAUCUUUAAAGGCCUGUUCAUAUUCUGCAACCUAUAACUAAGGUAGCUUCCGGUAGUUAUGCGACCUAUAACUCAGGUAGCUUCCGGUAGUCUGCAGCCUGGUAAGUCAUAGGAUGUCGGCAAAUUUUUCAAUCAGUCGAAAUUUGAAUUUGGAUCAUCCAAAAAUUUUCAGUUAUCUGCUUUUUUUUCGAAUUCAUUUCCUGAGGGUGAGCUUUUCUGAAACAAUUUAACUGAUCAAAUCUGUUUCAUUUUCCUUCUCCUGUGCAUCCAAAUAUCUGGAGAUGACACUAUUAAGUACUUUUACUAUGGCUAAUAUUUUCACUUAUACUACUUACAAUCUUACUCAUAAAUUACUACUUGAGUAACCUUACUAAAAUUACUCAUCGAAAUUUGAAUUUGGAUCCUCCUAAUUUUUGUUGCGGAGAAGCCAGAUUGGCAACGACACUAGCGGACGGCGAGCGGGUCAAGGUCUCGUGCUUCGAUUUAGUUGGCCGAACGAUUUCGCCCCUAGUACAGGUGCAAGCGUGCAAUGUGAACCAGCAUAUACCUCUCCCGACCCAGAGUGUCGAUGUUGUAGUACUCUGCCUAGCACUCAUGGGAACUGACUGCUUGUUAUGAAAGAACCUGAAACCUACUUGGAAUAAAUACUUAACAGAAUCAAUAUGAAUAGUUUUUACCAUUCUUAACGCCCAGAAACUUAAUAGAAUUUGAAUAGAUUUUACCAUUAACCUCUGCUUCUGCUGAGUGAAAAAGUGUCGUCUGUUGUUCUAGGGGAGUGAACUCUUUUUUUGUCUAGGGUCUACCUGCUUACCAUUAACACCGAGUAGGCUGUUGGUGACUUGGAAAGUCAAUUAUUUUACCUACUGUUUACAAAUAAAGUUCAGGGAAGGCGUAAGGCAAAUCUGUGUCGUUUUUUAUUUCGUUUUUUCGUUUUUUCUCUCUCUAAUUUUCGGAGCUUUAAAGGAGGCGGCGCGAAUUUUACGUCCCAAGGGCUUGCUUCUAUGCGCUGAGGUAUCUUCAUAUACUUGUUUCUAGUGUCUGCUGCAUGUAUGCGCUGAGGUAUCUCCAUAUAGAAGUAGUUCUACCCCCUUUGUGACACAUACGUGUGUUUUUUGAUGAUACGAGAGUAUAAUUAAGCGGUACAAGAUGCAAAUAAACCUUUUGAUCUAGGUCAAAAGAUACCUCAAGACCAGGUAAAUGAAUGAAUGUAGUGCAACAGCGCGUGGACAUCACUAUCUACUGUGUAGUUUUUUUUGUUGACACCAAUUGCGUGACCCCAACAUGAGUGUGCAGCACCGUACCACUACCUGUCCUAUAGUCAUGUUUGUCAAGAAGAAAAACCAGAGUCUCGAUGAAGUUACAAAUGUUGUUCCUAGGUUCAAAGUCGUUUCGAGGAGGUAGAUGCGUUCGUGGAAAGCGUGGAGAAUCUUGGUUUUGCGCGCUUUCGACCUAAAAAGCAAAAGCGAUUUGCUUGUGAAGCGAAUACCCAUUUUUUCCUUCAGGGGUUUCAGAGAAAAGGACAAUUAUCCUCUAGUGCUCCUGGAGAUUCGGGAUCAACAAAGACUACACAAGCAACUGCAACGACAACUUCGGCACAAUCUGCAUCAACAUCUUCUAGUAAAGAACCAUCAACAAGAACUUCGAAAAUUUCUAAAAAGGCCGCUCCCGCGGACGAAGGACGAAAGGCCAAGAGAAGAAAGACCGCCACAGACACGGACAGCUGAAAAAUGGGUUAAGGCAUGAUGAUGGAUGUUUUUUCAUAGGUUAUAACGUUGGUUUAGACCCCUUUUGAUUUGUUUAGGACAUGUAUUUACUGAAUUGUUUAAAAAAAGGGUGGCAGCAUAUUAUAGUCCUAACGAAAAAAAGACCAAUUAAAGAUCACGACCGAUUAUUAUCGAUUUGCCUUCCAAUUUUUCGAUUUUCGAGGUUGUAGUCAAUCUACUAUCUUCGAAGUGAAUCCAAGGCACGUAGUCCAUCUUGAAUCUAUCAGCUCUAAAGCAAAGAAGUUGGUUGGACAGCACCGAAGCCGUGUAUUUACAAGAGACGGUAGCCGUGGUUGAAAACGUGACUAAGGCAAAAAAAGGCUAGGAGCGAAGGUGAGGGUAGUAGAGCGAAGAGGAGGCUAGUGAGGGAGACCGGCGUCUUUAGACGUGCAGGCUGCCGCUUUACGGAGCAGGGAGGUCGAGCUUUUAGAGGUGCAGCUAAAGAGGACGUCUGAUUACAGUGCGAAGGAAUACAUCUGAGUACAAUGUUGGGGGUCAUACACUGUUCUGAGGACGAUACUGUCUUCGGAAGUACUUGUUAAGGAAAUCUUAGGCAAUCGGGCGAAUAAGUAUAUAGAUUCAGGUCAUGAAGUACUCACUAAGAAAACCCAGCGGGCGUUGUGUAGGUCGUUGCGUUGUAAUUUUUUUUCGCCAUGGAGGUGUAGGUGUAGCUUAAUCAUGAUAAGAUUAUGAUAGAGUAAUCGUGAUAAAAUUAUGAUAGAGUAAUCAUGAUAAAAUUAUGAUAGAGUAACUUGAUCAUGAUGUAACUUAAUCAUGUUGGAGGUGUACUAUCUGUAAUUAUGAUAAAGUAAUCACAUGCAUCUUCUUCACUGAAAUGCGAAGUACUUUUUACUACACAAAAAAGUGAAGCCGCCACAGGAUAGUGUCAAGGACGAUUGUCAUUUAUACUUACCCCACGGUGAACGUGAAUCUCGAUCCUCCGUAUCCCUCGACUGACAUCAUCAUAUCCGAUGUUGAAUCCUCCUUCUCAU